AUGCAACUGGAACUCCCGUUGCCGCCUGAGAAAACGGAGAUGUACACCAAGUGGGGCGAUAUGCUUCGACAUUGGCCGAAAACCACAUUAUGUAUCGUCUCCAAUGAAUUUUGUGAACGUUUCUCUUAUUAUGGAAUGAGAACUGUACUUAUCCUCUAUUUAUUAAAUGUGCUGAAGUUCACGGAGAACCAGUCGACCAUUUUCUUCAAUAGUUUCACCGUGCUGUGCUACCUCACGCCGUUACUCGGAUCAAUUAUUGCUGAUGGCUAUAUCGGAAAAUUUUGGACGAUUUUCUCGGUUUCAAUUCUUUAUGCGUGUGGGCAAGUAAUCCUGGCUGUUGCUUCCGUCAAGAAUGAAGAAUCAAGCAUUCAUCCAUGGAUGGACUUGGCAGGAUUGGUCAUCAUUGGUUUCGGAACAGGUGGUAUCAAGCCAUGCGUCUCAGCGUUCGGUGGUGAUCAGUUUGAAGUUGGCCAGGAACGGAUGCUAUCAUUAUUCUUUUCCAUGUUUUACUUCUCAAUCAAUGCUGGCUCGAUGAUUUCCACAUUCAUAUCGCCUAUCUUUCGAUGUGAGUCAGCUCAUACAAGAAACUAG